AUGGUUGAGCUCCUGGAAGAGAAUGACUCGUUCUCUAGUCGUGCAGAAACUGAAGAGGAAGUCGAAGCCGAAGAAGAUAUCGACUAUGAGCAGCUCAAGAAGCGCAUGUGGAAGGACCGGAUGCUUCUACAGAAGCUCAAGGAUAAACGUCUCAGAGAUGAACCCGACCAGAACGCAAAACAAGAAGCAUCCAGACGGAAGAAGCUGGCGAGAGCACAAGAUUCGAUCCUCAAAUACAUGGCGAAGAUCAUGGAAGUCUGCAACGGUCAAGGUUUUGUUUACGGGAUUGUCCCCCAGAAGGGAAAGCCGGUCACCGGUUCCUCGGACAGCCUUAGGGAGUGGUGGAAAGAACAAGUGCGCUUUGACCAAAAUGCCCCUCUUGCCAUUGCUAAGCACUUGCCCCUGGUUGAAAAGGCUCAGGCGGACCCGGCCUCCUGCAUGCACCUGCUUCACGAAUUGCAGGAUACUACGUUGGGCUCUCUGCUUUCUGCUCUCAUGCAGCACUGUGCACCUCCUCAGAGGAAAUUUCCUCUGGAGAGAGGCCUGGCUCCUCCGUGGUGGCCCAGCGGUAACGAAAUUUGGUGGGGCGAGCAAGGAGUGAUGGCCCAGGAACAUGGUCCUCCGCCUUAUAAGAAGCCCCACGAUCUGAAAAAGGCCUGGAAAGUCUCUGUCUUGGCCGCAGUCAUAAAGCACAUGUCUCCUGAUUUGAACAGACUGAGGAAGCUGGUGACACAAUCCAAGUCUUUACAAGAUAAGAUGACGGCCAGAGAUACUGCGACCUGGUCCAAAGUCGUCAGUCAAGAGGAAGCACUGCUAGCUCUGACAAAGAAGUGCCUCAGAAUAUCACUGUCCGAAGAACACGAAGAAGAAGAAGAAGAAGGAGAAAAGGAAGGGAGUGAAGGCUUAAUUGUUCAUGCUUUGAACAGUGGUAAUUUUUGGCAGAAGAGUCGAUAUGCAUUUGAUCGAGAAGCUUCUCAAAAUGCAGAGAGUUCCCAUGCGAGUGAAUUAAGUGCGGGAUUCCCAGGCGGUGCUGCCUGGGCUUUCCGGCAGGUUGCCUUGUGUGAUUAUCUGUCGAGUGAUGCACAAAUGGCAAGCGUUGCAGAUUGGAUGAACAAGGAGCUAGAAAAAGCUAAUGAGAUGAAUUAUUUGAAUGCAGAGGGAGAUUAUGGAGGCUAUUGGCUAGAUGGGAUUGACAGCAUGGAACUGCGUUCUGCACUUGAGAUGGUACGAGAUGAUCGCGACCUCUGGAAUCAAUUUCCAGACCAACACAAUUCUGAUGCCCAACAACAUACAUCCAUCUGGGAUUUGGCCUAUCAAGAAACUGAUGAUUAA